AUGGAUUUCACCAAACAAUAUCAUCUCGACACCUACGCUUCCAUCUCAUGUACCCAGCCUGAGCUGUCGCAAUCCGGCCGCACUAUCUUCAUCACUGGGGGCGCCGGCGGAGUCGGCCUUGCGAUCUCAAGGUCUUUCACGGAAGCUGGAGCGACUCGGUUGGUUAUUGUCGGGCGGCGAGCAAAAAAGCUUGCGGAGGCCAAAAAUGAGCUCCUCAAGCUUGCGCCCAAGCCCGAAGAUCUUGAAAUAUUGACGUAUCCGUGUGAUAUUGCAGACUCGACUGGAUCCAAGGCUGUGUGGGCAGAUUUGAAGAGCAAAGGAAUCGAAGUCGAUGUUUUGGUCUUGAAUGCAGCUAUUGCCAAUACCGUUCCCAAUGGGUUGGAUGAAGACGACUUUGUGGACAAGGUUUGGGCGACGUUCGACAUGAACGUUCGAACAAACCUUGAGUUGACCAGCCUUUUCCUCAAGCAGGGCAGGACAGGGAAGGCGGUUGUCAGUAUCAAUUCUAGUGCUGCACAUAUCAGCCCGACCCAGCCCAUUCAGCUUGGCUACGCACCCUCCAAAGCCGCUCUGGGUGCUCUUAUGCAAGGGAUAGCUGACUCUCUCAAGGUGGAAGAAGCCCAGAUCGUCAGUUUUCAUCCUGGCUCAGUCAAGAGCGAAUCAGUGAUGAAGUCUAGAUGGGCCAACGCUCCAAUCGCUUGGAACACAGACAAGCUAUCUGGCGAUUUCGCGGUGUGGGCGUCCACAAAAGAAGCACGAUUCCUGCAUGGGAGGUUCGUGUGGUGUAACUGGGAUGUGGAUGAAAUGAAGGCAAUGGGCGAGUUCAAACAUCCGGGUUUCAGCAGGAUUGGACUUCAGGGGCCGAAGGCAUUGUCGUCAAACGAGCUUUGGGGACAGAUGGAAGGCCUCGUGAAGCGUCAAGCGUGA